AAAUCUUGGCGAUCGAACUAUCGCGAAAGCAACGAGCACUAGCGUGUCUUUCUAUCGGGCUCUUGAAGGAUAAAUUCGAUUACUUUCAAAAAAAUAUAUAUUUCGGAAAUCAAAUUCGGUUUUAGGACGGAUAGGUGUUUAUUUCUCGGUGUGAUUUUUAUUUCAUAGUGACUGUGAUAAUUCUCUAAUAGUCCUUACAAGAUUGACGGACCACCAUGGCUCUAAUAAUAAGAAAUAUCGUGGAUGGUUACCACGACCUUAUGGACAAUAAAAGCGAUCCAAGGGUCAACGAUUGGUUGCUAAUGAGUUCCCCAUUUUACACGUUAGGCAUUUGCUUGAGCUACGUGUAUAUCGUCAAAGUUUUAGGACCGAAGUACAUGGAAAAUAGGAAACCCUUCGAACUCAAGGGUGUGAUAAUUUUAUAUAAUUUGUUUCAAGUGAUAUUCAGCACAUGGUUAUUCUACGAGAGUUGCGUGGCAGGAUGGUUCACCCACUACAGUUAUAGGUGCCAACCGGUGGAUUACUCUAGGUCACCCCUAGCAAUGAGGAUGGCGCGAGGUUGCUGGUGGUACUACAUAUCGAAGUUCACUGAAUUUUUAGACACGUUUUUCUUCGUAUUGCGCAAAAAAUACGACCACGUCUCGACGCUGCACGUCAUCCACCACGGCGUCAUGCCGAUGUCGGUGUGGUUCGGCGUCAAAUUCACCCCCGGCGGCCACUCGACCUUCUUCGGCUUCCUCAACACCUUCGUCCACAUCCUCAUGUACAGCUACUACUUCCUCGCCGCCCUCGGCCCGUCCUACCAAAAGUUCCUCUGGUGGAAGAAGUACCUGACAGCCAUCCAAAUGAUACAAUUCGUUUUGGUGAUGGUGCACGCCUUCCAGCUGCUCUUCAUCGACUGCAACUACCCCAAGGCGUUCGUCUGGUGGAUCGGCAUGCACGCCGUCAUGUUCUACUUCUUGUUCUCCAAUUUCUACAAGGAAACUUACAACAGGAAGAGGGAAAGAGAGGCUGCCAAAGCUAGGGCAUUGAAUGGAAAAGCGCAGAACGGAGUCGAGUCUAACGGUAACCAGAAAAUAGGGAUCUGCUUCACCAGCCAGACGGCGCUGUACGAGCACAAUGGCGUCAAGAAUGGCGUCAAGAAUGGUGUGAAGCCGGCUUCGAAUGGAUAUUCGUCGGAGGAGAAGAGGAACGUGAGGAGCAGGGCCUUCGUUCCCAACGGGAAGUAAUCCCGGCAGGCCAUCGCGUAGGAUCGUCAUCACAAUUUUAAUGUAAUUAACGGGGUGCGGCGGGUACGAGGGCGUAUUUGCGGUAAAUUUUUAGAUAUUUUAAACAAAUUUCCUUUGCAAUGACAGUUUCGAUUGGUCCCUAACUAUAUGUUGAAGAAGUUGCGUAUACUGGAUUUCAUUUUUUUUUUGUUUGGAGCGUUUAGUGAUUGAUCAAUUUCGAAUGACCAGUUUUACGUUGCAUUUAAAAAUUGUUUGAUCGAUUUUUGUAAAUAUUUUAACGAAUAAGGAUGCCUAAUUGUAGGAAACGUUAGGUUAUAGUUAAUGCAAAAUGCAUCUUGUACAAUUUGCUCAAUUUUUAUACAAAAAAAAACUACCUAAAUUAAAUGAAAAAUUAUAUGAACAAAAUUUUAAUGAACAUUUUUUUGUUCUAAAAGCUAUUCUAUUUGAGUCGAUUAUUUAAAUAAAUUUCGGUUUUUUAUUCAUGUGACGAUAGAUUGAAUUUAUCUUAGUUAUUAAUUAAUUGAAUUGUGUAGGUACUUCUCGUUAAAAACGAGACGACUUUUCGUUCUAAUUAUAAUAUAAUUAAUAUUUUUUUGAUUAGCGUAACGUUUAGUUUAGUUUGAAAUUUUUGUAUUUAUUUUUUACAUUCUGCCGAAGCAUCGACGCGUGUUUUCGUACUUGUAUUUGUUAAAUAAACGUUAUUUUGAUUA